AUGGGAAACAAUUUUAACAAGAAUACAUUAGGACAAAAAGUUGUUUGGAAAGAUGUAAAAGUAUUGAAAGUUUCUAAAGAACAUCCUGAUAGACUUUUUUAUAAAACAUCAUAUGAAGAGAAGGAUUUUGGUGAAAUAAUAGUGAUGAACAAAACAAGAAAUGCCAAAAGAAAAAGUUGUGAUUUAGAGUUAAGUAAACUCUACACUGAACCACCAGGUAUUUCAAAAGAAAAAAAAAAGACCUAA